AUGCAAAUAUGGAUUGAGAAACCCUAUGUCAUUGAAUUCUUAGAUUCUGAAGAGGACGAUGAGGAUGAUGAUAAAGAAGACACUGAUGAAGAUGUUGAUGAUGAGAAUCGUAAGGAGAUUAUGAAGAAGGAACUACGACUUAUGGAUUUAGACGAUGAUGAUAUGGUUGUUGAUGACACUCCACCAAACUCUCCAGGUGAUAAUCCUCCUCCACCUCCACCUCCAUCAACAAAUCUUCUUCCACCACCUCCUCCACCAUCUCAUCCUCCUCCUAGAACUCCUCCAUCACCAUUUAAAUCUCCUCCCAAAUCUGAUGCUCCCAAAAGGGGGAGAAUAAUAAAGGGGAUUGUUGUUGAUGGUAUUCUAGACACUGAUGCAACAACUAAUGAUCAGCCCAUUCCAGACACUAGUGAUCAAUUAGACACCAAUGACUAUGAAGGGUUUCUUGAUCUUGAUUUCAUGCCACAAUCUGCUGUUCCUUUCAAUGUUGUCUACCUUGAUUCUUACUUUGAGUCGGAGAUUUCUCAAGAGGUUCUGCAAGGAACUAAUAGCUACAUUAAGUCUGACGAUGGUCAGCUGAAUCCUCGAAAUAGAAACGCUUCCUUCUUAGGGGGAGCUCAUGACAUUGAAGCUAGAAGCUCUUUUACUACUGUUACUGGUGAUCCUUCAGCACAUCCUCCUAAAAAGAAAAGCAAGCUCAUCCUUGAUCAAAAUGAAUUAAUAGUAACAUGGAGGUUACCUAUUGAGGAAGUUAGAGAAUAUCAUGUUAGAGUAUAA